AUGGCCAGAAAAAAGUCGUCCAAGAACUCAAAGGCUGCCGGAAACCAGGCUGUCGCUGCUACAGAUACUCCCGCCACUACCCCCACCACUCUGGAUACAGCACAGAACCUGAUUAAACCCGCACCAGCAGAGGUCUCACGGAUAGACCCUCCAGAAGUCCCACGGACACCCUCACAACAAGAGCAGCAGGAGCAGGAGCAAGAACCAGGAGCAGAUAUUCUCCCUGUUGAACGGGCAUCUCCACGGCAGUAUGAGGACGACAACGAUGACGAAGACCACGAUCAUCACCCAGAACGAGCUCGUCUGAUCCGAACCUAUUCAAGCGAUAGUGGCACAUAUAGCGACGGAGGACCACGCACAAGAUCCAAUCAGCGUGAGGCUGGUGUGCCAGAAUCUAGCCAACCUACAACAUGGUGGGAGUGGGCGAUGAGGAACGGCCUGCAUCCCAGGACAUGGAACAGGCAGACGUAUAUCAAGGCUGGCCUCUUGGUCACCCUGUUAACACUUAUUAUCCUUUCGUUCACGGUGUUCAGGAUCCAAGAUCAUAUCAAGGACAUUCUUAGGUACAUUGACAAGCAUAAGAGAAUUGGCGCUGUCCUCUUUAUUGUGUCAUACACCGUUGCAUGUACGCUCUUCUUGCCUGGAUCGCUCUUCACCAUUGGCGCAGGAUUCUUGUUCAAACCGUUCCCGUUGGCGCUGUUAAUUGUCUUGCUGGGAGACGUGUUUGCUGCUGUUGGUUCAUUCAUCUUUGGUCGCUAUGUCUUCUAUGACUGGGUCAAGGGCAUGAUGUCCAAACAUCCAAAGUUCAAUGCGCUGGAUCAGGUCAUUCAGGAUGAUGGAUGGAAGAUUGUGGUCAUGUUGCGGUUGACUCCUAUCCCCUUCAACCUGAUCACGUACUUUUUCUCCGUCACGUCGAUCCGACUCUGGACCGUUGUUUGGGCAACUUGCAUUGGCGUCUUCCCAGGAUCGUGCAUUGGAAUCUGGAUCGGGUCGUUGCUGAAGGGUCUGUCUGGCAUCGAUAACCCUGAACUGGAGACCAAGAACGUGGUCAUCUUGGUGAUGAACGGAGUCUUUAUUUCCUGCUGUAUCUUGACAUUGUCGCUCUUUGGCAAAAAAUCUCUCCGCAAGGCCAUGAAGCGAUUGGACCAACAUCAGGCAUUGACAAACCUUCGGGAGGUGGAGGUUGUGAUUGAAGGUGUCGCGACUGUGAUCCGUGAGCUUGAGGACAAUGCAAGCAUCCCGCCUUCGCUUCGGAGCACUAUGGUUGACCAGCUUGCUGCAGAGGAAGGAGACCAGGAUUACUAUUUUAGGACUGAUCUGGAAGCUGCCCAUCAGCGUCAAUUGAGUACGGGCCAAGAUGGGGAAGGGGAGGGCAGCAGCGCCACGUCGUCUACUCUUGCCGUCCCCAAUCACCCCCACCACCUUCACAACAAGGCGCCUGGUACUGCUGGUCCCGCUUUGGCGUCUUCGGGCUUUACUAGAGGCGAGAAGAUUACGUUUGUUGUGAUUGCCGUUGUUGCAGUUGUUAAUGUCUGUGUCUGUGUGCCCCUCUACUACCACUUUGCCAACCAAGAAGAGUAA